AUGUCCGACACGCAAAAGCCAUUCGCUAUCAUUGUCGGGGCAGGCCCAUGUGGCCUUUUGUUGGCAUUGCGACUCGCCAAAGCCGGUCUCGAAGUGCGGGUGCUCGAAUCUGGCCACAAGCUUGACGACCAGCCUCGGGCAACUCACUAUAGUCCUGAAGCGGUAGAAGAGCUUGACAAGGCCGGGGUUCUCCCAGAUGUCCAGGCCCAAGGGUUUGUUCCCGAUGGCUUGUGCUGGCGGAAGCCUGACGGAACCCCAAUCACAAUGUUGUUAGCUUCUCUUGUGGCAGCGAAAGUCAAGUAUGAAAUGCAAUGCUUGCCAUUGGAUAAACUAGGCAAGAUAUUAUACGACCAUGUCAUGAAGGAGCCCAACGCGAGCAUCCUUUGGGGCCACAAAGUUACGGACGUGCAACAGCGCGAUGGGGGAGUGACUGUGACAGUUGAGGCUGAGAGCACAUCAAAGCUUAUAGAAGCUACAUACGUUGUUGGAUGCGAUGGCGCCAACAGCCAGAUCAGGCGAACUUUGUUUGGAGAUAUGGAGUUUCCCGGGUGGACUUGGAACCAACAGAUUAUCUCGACAACUAAGUAUGGAUUCAUCGACUCCAACAUGAUCAUUGACCCUGAACACUGGUACAUGGCAGCAAGAAUGUCCAAGGACGGACUAUGGAAAGUUACGUACGGAGAAAUACCAGGCCUCACAAAGGAGCAGUAUCUCGAGCGACAGGCUUGGAAGUUUGAGAGAAUGCUCCCCGGCAAUCCCAAGCCAAAAGACUGGAACUGUACCGCUUUCAGUCCUUACAAGUGUCAUCAGCGCCUGGCGAAAUCGCUCCGCGUGGGCAACAUUCUGCUCGCCGGCGAUUCUGCACAUUUAUGCAAUCCCUUUGGUGGUCUAGGACUCACCGGCGGUAUCCUUGACGUGGGUGGCCUUUACGACUGCCUUUAUGGGAUAGCAACAGGCCAAGCAGAUGAGAGCAUUCUGGAUCAUUAUAGCGACGUUCGGCGUCAGAUUUAUCGUGACUUCACGGAUCCUCUUUCAACGGAAAACAUGAAGCGCCUUCUGUCUGACCCUGAGGAAGCGCUGGAAAAGGACCAAUUCCUACAGUUGUGUAAGGAGGCUGCCACCAAUCCUGAGGUGGCUGAUAAGCUAGCUAAAGGUGCUAAUUGCCUAGGUCACGACUUUACUCAGUAUUAUAAAUCCUAA